UUUAUUUUUUUUUAAAUUUUUUUCUUUCUUGUUUAUGUUCAUCAAUUAUUUUGCAGUUAUCGAAAAAAUAAUGGAAGAUCCUACUUUGGCAUAUGAAGACAUGCUUUUCUUUGAACAUCGUUUAACUGAAGUAAUUGCUGGAAUGCAACCAAGAGUUCGAAAAUGGAAAGCUUUUCUUCUGAUUUUAUUUGUCUCCACAACUUUUAGUGCAUAUUAUUGGAUUUUAGACCCUUCAUUAAAAUCUAUUUCAUUUUUUGAAUCACUUGCUCUACAUCCACUUUUUACUAUAAGCACUUCACUUUUAUUAAUUUUAUUUAUUGUUUUUGGUGUUCAUAAACGGGUUGUUGCACCACGAAUAAUUGCAAAUAGAUGUAGCACUGUUUUGAGUGAUUUUUGUUUGAGUUGUGAUGAGCAAGGCAAAUUAAUUGUUCGUCCAGCUUAUUCUCCAGCUAUAUCACCAAUAAUAUCAAAACAAUCACCAACCAGAAUAUCAACAACAAUGCCCACUUCCUCUCCUCCUCCUCCUUCAUCUUCCUCUCUAAUUUCAAAUUUAAAUGACGAAAAUGAAAAAAAUAAUUUAUUAUUAAACAAUUCUUUAAAUGAAAGAAAAACGAAAAAAGAAGAAGAAAAAGAAAAUAAUAUUUUUAAAUUGGAUUUUACAGAUAAAAAUUUAAUUCAAACAUUUUAG